GCAGUUGACCACCAGGGGGCGACAGCACUUCACGUGGCUGCAGAGAAAGGCAUGAUUGAGGUGUGCUGGCUACUGUUGAAGAGUGCCGGACUCCACAUUUUACACAUGAGAAACCACACUGGCCUCACACCUCUAGACCUCUGUAAUCAAGGGAAUACAUUUAGACAUCAGCAGCUCUCCAGGAUUUUGAUGCAUUUCAGUCAACGACCAAAAGAUCUGAUUCCUAAGGACUCGUAUGUGAUGUACUUCUGGAUGCUGCUGUUACCGUCUCUCAGCGGAGCUGCUGUUCUCAUUAUAGCUGCGGCUCUUGGUGAAUAUGGGGCUAUCUUUUCUGCAGUGCUUUUCCCCUGCAUGGCAAAAGUUAUUCUUUCUCAAUAUCAUAGACUGAGCAGCUUUCAAAGGUUAUCAAACCCUGUUUACCUGGGAACACUGACUGCGGGCCUAAUUCAUUCCAUAGCUUGCUUUCUCUAUAAAAUUUUACCUAGGUUUUGGCCAGCUUAUACCCUCUUAAAUUUUUCACUUGUCCAUUUUUGUGUGCUCGCUGGACUUUUUUGGAAAGUUUUAAACCAGAACCCAGGACGACUCAAAGAAGCUGACACUGAUUCCAAGUUUUCCAGCAUAGGAGACUUAAUAGAAGCUGGAAAGAGCCCAGACAGAUUCUGUAUUUACUGUGAGCUGAUCCAAGUGGACAACUGUAAACACUGCCGUUUGUGUGACAUGUGCAUCCAAGACUACGACCAC